GCUUUUGCACAAACAGGAGUCAUACAAUUACAUUUCAGUCACUCCUGCCUGCGUAAACAAUUAUCCGCCUUCGGGUUGGGAGAAAUGGCAUUGGCGAGUGCUCGAAAGUGCUGGACGAUCACGUCCCUCGCUUUCCUCUCUCUCCUCUUCCGCUCCAUCCUGGCCGUCGGAUGGACCGUCGCUCUACGAACCAAGCCGGUAAACUACCUCCGGUUCCCGUCGGCGGCGCCGUUCAAGAUCGCCGUGUUUGCCGACCUCCACUUCGGCGAGAACGCGUGGACCGAUUGGGGCCCGAAGCAAGACUUGAAUUCAGUGAAGGUCAUGUCUACUGUACUCGAUAAUGAAAACCCAGAUUUUGUAGUUUAUCUUGGGGAUGUCGUCACGGCUAAUAACAUAAUGGUUGGAAAUGCAAGCUCGUAUUGGGGUCAAGCAAUUUCUCCAACAAAAGCCAGAGGAAUACCAUGGGCCAGCGUGUUUGGAAACCAUGAUGAUGCGCCAUUUGUGUGGCCAAUGGAGUGGUUUUCAGCCAGUGGAAUUCCGCAACUUCGCUGCCCUGCAGCAAAUUGCUCUCUGCCAGGUGAAGAAGAUUGUAGCUUCCGAGGAACACGGCGAUUGGAGCUGAUGAAAAAUGAGAUCAUGGACAACGCGUUAUCGUACUCUAAAACUGGUCCAAAGGAGCUUUGGCCCAGCGUAUCCAACUAUGUGAUUCAACUCUCAUCAUCAAAUGACCCUCAAUCACCAGUGGCAUUCGUGUACUUCAUGGAUUCUGGUGGUGGUUCCUAUCCAGAAGUUCUAUCAGGAACCCAGGCAAAAUGGUUCCACAACAAAUCGAAUGAGCUUAACCCUGAUUCAAGGGUUCCUGAGAUAAUUUUCUGGCACAUACCAAGUACAGCCUAUGGGAAGGUGGCUCCAAUGUUUCUGCCAUUUUCAUUCUGUGUGGGUUCUAUUAACAAGGAGAGUGUUGCCGCUCAAGAAGCCGAAAUGGGCGUUAUGAAACUUCUUGAAGAAAGGCCUUCUGUCAAGGCAGUGUUUGUAGGACACAACCAUGGAUUAGACUGGUGCUGCCCAUACAAGAAACUAUGGCUGUGCUUUGCUAGGCAUACCGGUUAUGGUGGAUAUGGAAACUGGGCUAGAGGAGCUAGAAUUUUGGAGAUCACUCAGCAGCCCUUCUCUCUCAAGUCAUGGAUAAGGAUGGAAGAUGGUCAUACCCACAGUGAAGUCAUCUUGAGCUCUGAAACUGUACUUCUUUCAUCCUUUCUUGUUGAUCAAUUUUCUUCAAAGGAAAAGUGAUUACCCCAAAACAAAACGAAAAAGUAUGUGAAUGCAUUUGUAUCUUAUAAUAAUCAAUGGUGGAUGGCUAGAAAUAAGCCAGAAACAACUUAUGAUUUGUACAUAUCACCUUUGUACAUAUCUUGUAGUAAUUAUUAACUUCAUGCAUACUUUUGUAGUAAUAAAAGUUCGAUGAUUCUGAUGGAGAUGUUGGGAAGAUGAA